GAUCACACCAGACUCAGAGUCCUUCUGACCUAGAAAUCGAGCCACUCAACUUUGGGCCAGGAAGGGAAGGGACGGGACUUGAUUGAGUGAAGUGAGGUGAGGUGAGGUGGUUGCAGUUCCUGAGUCGUCAAUCGAUGAGGGGAAAGACUCAGGGCAAAGCAACCACACAACAUUCCUUGGUGUACUUAAGACGGCCCUCCUGCUCUUCCUCAUCUUAUUCUCCUUUCCUUCCUCUCUCAUCAUUAUCCAGAUCACUUUAUAAACCAAUCCAACAACAACAACAACAGUAACCUCUUUUUUGUGGUAGCUAGCAUCUCCUUUUAGUGCUCGUCUACUUCUACAACUUGGCUUCAACACACGUCACAAUUCUUCCUCAACUAUUACCCUCUUCUAAACCCCCAACAAUACCGCUAAGAUGAGUGCGCAGAAGACCUCGGCCAUCGCUGACCAGGAGCCCGUUGACGUUCUCUUCGCCAUUCACGAAAAGUUCGAUCUUCUGGACUUUGCCGGCGCGCUCGAGGUCUUUACUACUGCUUCACACGAUUUCAAGGACCCUGACAACAACAAGGCCUUCGAGGUCACCAUCGUCGGUCCUGAGCCCAAGGUCAUCUCCGACCAGGGCGUCGUCGUUGGCUCCCAGAUCUCCUACAAGGAGGCUCACGAACGUCUUGAGGACUUUGACAUCCUCGUCGUCGUCGGUGGUAACUCCAAGGAGGUCGUCGCCAAAGAGCUCCAACCCCUCUCUCUCAUCACCGACUUCUCGGAGCUUCAGAAGCGUGACCCUGCCCGCGAGCGUACCAUCCUCUCUAUCUGCACAGGUGCCCUCUUCCUUGGCAAGCAGGGUAUCCUCUCUGGCCUCUCUGCCACUACCCACCCCGACUUUCUCACCACCUUUGAGAACAUUUGCAGCGAUGCUGCUACCGUGAACCUUCAAGAACGUACCGACGUGGUUGAGGACGCUCGCUACGUCGUCAACAACCUUCGAUUCGAUCUCGGCGAGGACGAGAGCCCAUACAUCCGCCGCAAGUCCGAUGCUGGUCAGGGACGUCGCCCUUCGGCAGCCCGAAAGGGAAGCAUGUCGUUCAAGGAUUCCAACACCCGCCGUGAGUCCAUCGUACGCCGCGCAGCUAUGCGACUUGGUGGUCUCCGGGUGGUCACAUCCGGAGGUGUCAGCUCUGGCAUUGAUGCAGCCCUGUAUCUUGUCAGCGCUAUGAUUGAUGACUUUACUGCGUUGGAGGUGGCCAGGAGACUUCAGUGGACCUGGAACAAGGGCAUUGUCGUCGAUGGUCUCGACGUCUAAGAUACCCGGCAUUGAUUGCUGGCUUGUACGAAUUAAGAGUUUACGAGGGGCUCAGGCAUGGCCCUGAUUGAGACCAAUAUUUAUGUAUUUAAUGUAUUUGACUGAUGAGCGGGAGGAACCCUAAGAAAACAACAAAAAGACUAGGAGCUCUCUAUUUAAUUCAAUUGUUUUGGUCGCCUUUCAAAAAUGUUUGAGAAAGUCAGUCAAACUGAAUUGAUCACUGAUGAUAACCAGAUGCCCAUCUUGGGCUUAUUGGGUUUAUGGCUGUGUCGGCGUUGAACUGCGGAGGUGGAGGUCAAAAUGUAACACUAAAAAGCCACCAAAACACAAAGAGCAAACGCCAAAGGGCAAUGACGUGUUAGAGCAGGACCCACACAAGCUCGGGGAGCUCCAGGUCGCGAUGCGGGAUAAGCUGGAGGUCGUGUGAUGAUGGUUAUGUCCACGAACCAGGGGGGGAAACAGGGGUCAGAGUGGGCUAGGCAAGGGACAUCACCUCAUACUAUGAAUGAAACGAGCAACGAAGCGGUCGUCAGUCCCUCUCAAUUACAGUUGCGUUUGCAUUUGAGAUGGGCUAGGGAUGUAGGGAUCGGAAAAGAGAAGCACGAUCAAGGUGACAUGGGUAACAUGAUUUCGGUGAAGGGAAUUGGAUAUCAGCUCAUGAUAUCGAGACCAAGAAGGUAUGAGAGCAGUUGAAGUCAUGAUGAACUGAAUAGACUCAAUCGGGUCUUGGCUAUGGCCCCUAAGUUAGAGCUCAUCGGCUUAUUUGCAUUAUCAUGACCGACAGUUGGCCUUCAGCUGCCAUUGACCACAAUGCAUCGCAGUUUGAGGGGGUACG